UGCACUAGCGCAGACAAUCCUAUGAGGCAAUCCUGGGAUUCUUGUUUGUGAUUUUUGAUUCCUCUUUAAUUUAAACCUAUGACAGUUUCUGUCCGGACAGUGGAGGAGAAUGGCCAGUAAGAAGAAAGUGAUCGUAACAGGGUUUGAGCCUUUUGGUGAGCAUGCUGUGAACUCCAGCUGGGUGGCUGUGCAGGAGCUGGAGAAAUUAGGUUUGGGAGAAGCAGUGGACCUUCACGUGUGUGAGGUCCCCGUUGAAUACCAGGCUGUUCAGAAGCUACUACCAUCGCUCUGGAGAGAGCACCAGCCACAGUUGGUGGUCCAUGUCGGUGUUUCAGGGUUAGCCACCACCGUCACUCUGGAGCAGUGUGGACACAAUAAAGGCUACAAACGUCUGGACAACUGCUGCUUCAGCCCAGCUUCAGAAUGCUGCAUGGAAGAAGGUCCAGACUGCAUUCACUCAGUGCUGGACAUGGAGACAAUCUGUAAGAGGGCCAAUGACUCAGGAGUGGGAGUCACUUUCUCUGUGUCCAAGGAUGCUGGAAGGUAUCUGUGUGACUACACCUACUACACCUCUCUGCACCUGGGCCAGGGUCACUCUGCUUUCAUUCACGUGCCUCCUCUGGAUAGACCAUACAGCAGCCUGGAGUUGGGCAGAGCUCUUCAGGCUGUCCUUCAUGAGAUGUUGAAACUUCUGGAAGAAGAUCUGAAACACCACAAGCACUGCAAUCACACACAUCGACACCAACAAGAUGACUAACUACUGACUGUCAGCCUGAGAACUCUGUGAUGCUUUUAACUGAAACAACAGUGCCAAUAAGAAGCCAUGUGCUGAAUCUCAAAAUCGUUGAUGGCUUUACAGGGGUGGGGUUAAAAACAGAUUCCUGAAUACAACAUCUGUUUAUCAUUGACACCAUGUAAGUCUUUGCACAUGUGGGUUUGUGUGUGCAGGAGUGCGUGCAUCAAUGAGUACGUUCACAUGAACAUUUUAUUCAAAUAACUGGAAUAAUCAAGUAAUGAAGUAACCUUAUUUGGCACAUUUAUUUGCACCUUUGUGAACUUCUGUUAAUAGCUGGAUAUCUUUUCACAAAUACAUUGCCAACCUGACGCACUUGUGUGUUUUUCUUAGCUUUGGAGUUAGCCAGGCUAAGUGAUUUCCAGAGGCAGAAAUGUGAUCCACACCUCUUUUAAAUCCCACUUUGACCUUGGGUGCUUCCUUAAGUAUUUUGCAAUUUCUAACAAGAAUUUGAUUCAGCUUCAUUCCACAAAUAAUGCACUUGUUGCUAUUUGCAAUGUUUGCUGUUUCUCUAUCUUUUUCCUCCUCCUCUUCUUCUGCUUUUGCUUGCAUACUUAAAUGUACUAUUGACAUGUUAGAAUGAAAUAAACCCGAUUUAACUGUGUCCUUGCAUUGAGUUAAACAGAAUGGGCAAAAACCUAGGUGAGCUUAUCUGAAUGGAAUAAUGCAGUUUACAUGGCUUGAAUAAUCACAUAACUGUAGAGGUCAUGUAAUGGUCAACUUGUGCAUGUAAACGUACUCAGUGGCUGUUUGUCGUGUCAACUCGGACUCUAAUCUUCCAUAGCAGCAUGAAAACAAGUUUUCUUUACAGCGAUGAUGAACUUGUGGGAUCAUGUGCUGAUUAAUGAGUCUGUAUUAACAGAAAAGUAUUUGUAAAUGUGGAAAAAAAACAAAAGGGAUAAAGGACACCUUUUCCUUGUAAUGCAUUGCACCGUCUUUGUGUUUAAGGGACUCCUCUCAUCUCCUAAAUCCUCUCUGUAUGAUUUGGUUGUUGUGUAUGAAUAAUCAUUCAUUGUGUGUCUUGUAAUUGCACUGUUAGUAAGUGAUGAAUUUGAAUUGAUAAAAUCCUAACAAGGUUGAAAGAUUCAAAUGUAAAAUUGUUUUGUUUAUCUCAGGGAACAUAUUGCAAAUGCAAUCAAUCUUAAGUAAUGUGUUUGAUUAAAUGUGUCUGUCAUUUGUGUGAG